AUGAUGCCCGCAUUUUCCGUCCCGGUCUACGAACCACUUCCCUACGCCCUUUCAGGUCUCAGCUUUAUGCAGCUGCCGAUGUGCACACAACGUUACCUGCUAGACAUUGCAGAAUUGGUACCUCCUCACGUGUUCAAACAAAAAUUUAUCUCGGAUGAACGCUCACUCAUAUCAAUGGCUCUCUUCCGGAGUCUCAUAGGGAAUGACAUGGCCCUCGUUCGUCAGCGGGAUAAAGCCUAUUUCAUGGCCUGUGAUCUUCAAAUAGGCAUCCCGGCUCAUGUUAGUCCCCAGUGGCACUAUGAAAAACAAACCGCGCGCGUCCAAUUUGUCCGUGGUACAUUGUUGCCAGAGCGAGAGCUCAUCUUCAACGAAUUCAUGAUCAAGUUUGAUGCGCUUGUCUGGCUAGAUCGACAAGGACGCGGGGAUUAUACCCCUGAGGAUUGGCAGUUGUACAGGGACGCGCUGUUGAGACCUAUCAUCGACCGUACAAGCGCACAGCUUGCUGCGAUCGCGCAGGGCAGAUCCGUCUGGGCUAUGCACGUGAUCAAUGCCUAUACCUACCGGGUGCCUUCCUUACCAUACUCG